AUGCUGGCACAGUUCGUCGCUCAAUACCACGGAGAGCUAUUCACAGCCAUACAGGCAGCUGUGAUCAGCUAUGGGAUCUACUCAUAUGUGCUUUACCCUCUGUACUUCCAUCCGCUUGCGGCAAUUCCUGGUCCUAGAAUAUGUGCAUUGACAAAAUACUGGAUUCUUUUUGUCAGCUGGUCAGAAAACCGGAACAGGUACGUUCACCAACUCCACAAGAAGUACGGGCCCAUAGUGAGAAUCGGCCCCGAAGAGAUCGAUAUCUCUGACCCCGAUUAUCUCAAAGAUAUCUAUAUCAAUAAUUUUGAUAAGACCAGUUUCUACACGCAGUUUGCCAACUUCGGCUCCUUCAACACUUUCUCCACUGUCGAGAAAAAAACACACAGAGACAGCAGGAAGGUGUCUGCCAAGCUCUACUCCAAAUCAAAUGUUGUUUCCGAGCCGUUUCAGGCGAAGAUUCGGACCGUGAUGAGCACCCUCCUCAGAGUGCUGGAGCAAAAUCAGGACAAACGACUCAACACGUUCCAUUUAUGGUCCGUCAUGGCAAUGGACACCAUCACCAGUUUUUCGUUUGGCAACAAGGUGUGCAAGUCGCUACUUGACGAUUUUUUUGGAGAAGGAGAAACAGUCAUCAAAGCUUUCAUGACCCAGUCGUCUUCGUGGUUUUGGACCACUCAGAUGCCGCAGCUGUACGACUGGGUUGUUCCCUCGUACGUUGCAAAGGCGUCCAAAAUCGCCUGCGACUGGAUUAACAGCCAGUUCAGUGAGUGUUUGGAAAAAGACCCCGGAAACACAAACACGCUGGUCGGUGUCCUGAUGGGGACUAACGGCGAAAAAUUAUUCGACGCUCGUCGAGCACGGUCCGAGGUAUUUGACCACGUUGCUGCUGGCCACAACACCACGGGGACAACCCUUAGCUACUUUUUCUACGAGCUAGCACGUGACCCUGAAAAACAGCAACGACUCAGGGCUGAGCUUGCGGGUCUGAAUGGAGGAAAUAUUGCAACCACCAACUACCAGUCGCUGCUAUAUUCCGACGUGGAGGAACUCCCAUAUUUAUCCGCACUUACGCAGGAAGUCUUCCGUAUCUAUGCUGCCAUUCCUGGCCAGGAGCCUCGUCGAGCUCCCAAAGGGGGCUUCCGCUGGAGAGGCUCUAAAGAGACACCAUCGACAUAUAUCCCCGAAGGAACUGUCGUUGUCAUGCAGCCAUGGUCGUUGCACCGCGACCCAACUGUUUUUGAACAACCCGAAGUCUUCAAACCAGACAGAUGGCUAGUUGACGACGAGCAAAAAUUAAAAUUCAUGAACAGACAGAUGAUGCAGUUUGGAUCUGGCUCCCGCAUGUGUCUAGGGUUGCACAUUGCCACGUGUGAAAUCAAGCUAUGUGUUAGCAAUGUGAUCAGCAGGUACGAGGUGUCUCUCGUCGAUGGUUACGACUACGAAGUCAACGCCCAAAUGAAAGAUAUUUACACAACGAUUCCGAGAUCUGGAGACAUGCCUCUCAAAUUCAGGGCUUUGGCGGUGUAG